CUCUCUUUCAAAGUUUGAGGUUAGAAGGACAGGAAUAAAUUGAAUUAUUGUCACCACUGUUACUAUUACACCACAGCACGUGAAUUAACUUUUACUGUCCAGUGUGUAUAUUCCACUGGCGUGUAAUUUAGGUACAAUGACUGACAUUGUUGAUGGCCAGUUUAGCGACGCUGAUGAAGAUGGGGAAAUACAAUGGGGAAAAGAAGAAGGAAAGCCAUUUAAGCUUCAAAUUAUGGAUAAAUUUUACAAUCUCUCUAUAAGUGAGCAUAACGGUCCUGAAGAUUAUGAUGAAGAUUACGAGUCAGCGAGUGAAGAUGAAGAGUUAUACUACGAAGAUGAUGAUUAUGAAGAAGGAGAGCUCGAAGGUUAUCGCAAAUCCAACGAUAACUUCAGGCAUAGUGGAACUAACUCUCAAGCAGCUAGCAAGAAGGUUUCAAACUAUCAGCCGUCAGACAAACUGUUCAAGAAGUAUGUCAAUAAAAUCAACGUGGAUAGAUAUGAGGGUCCUCCACUGCCGAAUCACGUUGCUAACAAAGUCAUGGAGACGGAGAAAAAAGUCGAAGCCGAAAGGAUACGAACAAAAGACAAACACGACCGGGCGACAGCUGAGCAGGUGAUGGACCCUCGGACACGUAUGAUCCUGUUCAAGCUUCUGAACCGCGGAGUGAUCCGCGAGAUCAACGGCUGCAUAUCCACGGGCAAGGAGGCCAACGUGUAUCAUGCAACAACUAUCAAGGACGGAGAACCUAGGGACUUGGCCAUCAAGAUAUACAAAACGUCCAUCUUGGUGUUCAAAGACAGAGAUAGAUAUGUGUCUGGCGAGUUUAGGUUCCGGCACGGCUACAGCAGACACAACCCGCGCAAGAUGGUGCGCACGUGGGCGGAGAAGGAGAUGCGCAACUUGCUGCGUAUGCACGCCGUAGGUCUGCCUGUUCCACAGCCUGUGCUGCUGCGUUCUCAUGUGCUAGUCAUGGACUUUCUUGGCAAGGAAGGCUGGCCUUCGCCCAAGCUCAAGGAUGUAGAGUUGUCCCAGAGUAAAGCUUGUAAGCUCUACAGAGACACGGUCACUAUGAUGUGGACAUUGUACAACAAGUGUAAACUGGUUCAUGCCGACCUUAGCGAGUACAACAUGUUAUAUCACGAGGGACAGGCAUACAUGAUAGAUGUCUCCCAAUCAGUAGAACAUGAUCAUCCUCAUUCCUUGGAGUUUUUAAGGAAAGAUUGCACAAAUAUUACAGAUUUCUUCCAUCGCAACCAAGUGGCCACCAUGUCGGUGAAGGAGUUGUUUGACUUUGUCACGGACCCGACGAUCACCGAGAAGAACAUGGAGUCUUGCCUGGACAGGUUGUCGGAGCUGGCGGCCACCAGAGGCAGUGACAUGACGGACGAGCAGACAGUCACGGAGGAAGUGUUCAAGAGCGCCUACAUCCCUCAGCGGCUUACAGAGGUAAUAGACUUCGAGAGGGACAUAAACCUCGUCAAGUCGGACCCAGAGGGCAAGGCAGCCGAGGACCUGACCUACCGCACACUCCUGGGUAUGGGCCAGGACCUGAACCCCCAGACUACCCCUGAGCUACUGGUAGGGGAGAGUGAAGAGAGUGGGGGAGAGGAGAGUGAUGGAGCGGAGGAGGAAGAGAGCAAGUUUGUCAACGCUGCACGACCAAGAGACGAAUCACCCAACAGUAAAAAGGCAAGGAAAAAGGCAGUUAAAGAACAAGCAGCCGAGAAAAGGAAAACUAAAGUCCCAAAACAUGUGAAGAAGAGAAAUGAAAAAGUGAAGAAGAGUACCAAGUAACUCCAUCAUUCUAAGUUUUAAUGUAAUAUAUGUAAAUAAUAAUUUACAUUGAAAAGUUGCA